AUGGCCCAGCAGAUAAGGCCACAGAACGAUGUGCAACAGGCCCCGCGGCCGUAUGCGGCCCAGCAGGAGGCACCACCUCAAGGGCUCCGCUUCGAAGACGUCCGGCGGAUGAUCAAAGACGUCCGGCGGAUGAUCGAAGACGUCCGGCGGAUGAUCGAAGACGGCCUAGCCCAGAGGCGGCCAGAUGCGCCAAGAUAUACGAGGCCGUACCCGCCAGAAAUCGACCGGACCCCUCUUCCCCGGAACUAUCAAUUGCCAGAAUUCAUGCUAUUCUUCGGGGAUGGGCAGACCUCCUCCAUGGAGCACAUAGGCCGUUUGACGGCCCAGUGUGGAGAGGCCGAUUCGGACGCCCAGAAACUUUGUUUAUUUGUCCAUUCUUUGACCGGCGCGGCAUUUUCAUGGUUCAUAAACCUUCCGCCAAACUCAGUAAGGGAUUGGUCUGAUAUGGAAAGGAUAUUCCACGAACAUUUCUAUCAAACCAACCGAGAAAUAACGGUCGCCGAGCUGGCAAGGAUGAGCCAGGCAUCAGACGAAUCGCCUCGCGACUACCUACAACGAUUCAAAAUAUGUAGGAACUGGUGCCGUACGAACCUACCAGAGAGGGAGUUUGUCAAGAUGGCCGAAGAGGGUUUGGAAUUCGAGUACCGGAAGAAAUUCCAGGGAAUCGAAUUCUGA